AAAUGCCAAAGAUGUUGUACUUGCAGCAAGAUGAGAUGAUCACAGGUCAAAUACUCAGUUGAGGUAUGAAUAACGAUUUUUGCAAUGGUAAUGAAUCUACGAACAGCUUGCGGACGCACGCAAAUCCACUAGAAAUUAUUUUCGACAUCGUCUGCACAGACUAAGUGGUUUUAUCUGCUUCCCCAUCAGUUUAGGACCUACGUACUUUCUCUCACCACGACGACCCUCAUCUGUUAGUUUUUCUUUUUCACGACCUAGCGACCAGCUUUGUAAUUCCGCUUCCGUGUGAUGCAAAAGUGGGAAAAAUGGCAAAAGCUGCGACCACGACUUCACCGAAGCUCCCCAAUCCGAAAAGACCCAGCAUGAAAAAUGCGAAAGGAAAGGGAAAAGGAAAAGCGAAGUUCAAGCAGCACAACAAGGGGCAAAAAAAAGAGCAUCAGCUGCACAAGAGGAAGAAUGUUACUACGAAGGAACCAGACGACCCGCUCGCGGCCAAAAGCGACACUACACCCGGAGCUGCAGCUGCGAUUUCGUCGAAGCUAAAACGGGAGAGGAAAGAGCGGGUCUUCCAGUUGAACAAGGAGCUGGCGAAAUUGGCCAAGUACCGCAGCAACGAUGAUUGUCAGAAAAAGUUGCAGGAAGUGCUGCAGAAAUUUCAAGCAGAAAACCUCGACUUUUCCUCCCACACGCUUUCCACCGUGAUUAACUGCUACGUGAGACUGGGCAAAUUAGCGGAGGCGUUGCGGGUUUUCCAUGACCAGGAGAGCCGACGCAAUGAUCAUGGCGGGACGAGUGCAGGAGCUACGACUUCGACUGGUUCGACUGCCUUCUUCGAGAAGAACCUUGUGGCUGCGACGGCCUUGCUGAAGGGAGUGUUUGUGGAGGGGGGAGACGUGGAGAAUGCGAAGAGGUUGGUGCAGAAAUUUGUGAUGUGCAGAAGCUGCAACAGCAGUGCAAUAAAAGCAGAAAUGAACAAGGAGGAAACCGCUCGAGACUCUUUCGACGCCGAAGCGCACUCCCGGUUCAUCACGACGUUUUUCCGCGGAUGCUUGCGCUGGGGCGAAGUGGAGUUGGCGAUGUCGUUUUACACACAGCUACGCACUACUGCGCCUGCUGCUGGUGAUACUAUUGCAUCACUACAAACAGCUGGAGCGACUUCUUCGUCGUGCGCGUCGGAACACGAGCAGAGCAAAACAAAAGGCGUUCUUUCCCGCUCAGUACUUUUACCAGAGGCGGGAUUGGUCUACUUGGUGAAGCUGUGUGCGCAGGCGUUGAGAUUAAAGACCGCGAAGGAGAUUUUAGAAGAGAACGGGAUGGAUUUGUUCGGCGAUAGUAUCAAGACGAUGGACAGUUUUUCUGUACUCCCAGACGUUGAAAAAGUAGAACAGCUGCCAGAAGACGCACAGAAACAAAGCACUGAGAGGACGUCGACAUCAUCAAGAGCGAAGGACGGGGAACAGGAGAAUAAAUCUUCGUCAAAAGAAAAGGCCAACCUGUUCAAGCAGUGCCUUCUCUCGAAAGUAUCCAUGCUGACCGCGAUCGCCCGCGCCCGGCUGUUGAUGCGGCAGAAAGCAAAAUUUUCGAAAACGAGGAAGCAGGCGGGAAAGAUUUUGAAGAAAUUUUUCUCCACCACCGCAGCAGCGAAGCGGGAGGAGAAGAACAAAAAACAGAAAACUACGAAGGAUUCCUUCGCGACGUUCCAAGUGCACUCCGCAAAGGACCUGCAGCAGGAACUGAAACAAUUGGAAGCGUUGUCCACCGGGUUUCUGAAUGCAGCAGCAGAAGAGACGGUGGUUGAAGAAAAUCAAGCCGAUAGUAAAUACGGCUACCUCGAGGAUUGCUACAAUCGCUUUUCUUUCACGGGGUUGGCACCCAUAGACGGGAACAAGGGCAAAUUGGGUAAGACCUCCGAACAUGAGCCGCUUGCUAGUAAAAUGAAUGCGGAUCAUUCUUCCUCUAGUUCUAGUACCGCUCGGGAUCGCAGAACAGACUUGGGCUACCGGGCCGCCGCGCAAGGGCCGCUUGAACAAGGAACGAGACUACACCCUGCUGCAGCACCUUCGACCGAUCAUGGUAAAAAAACCUCCGCAUCCAGUGCGAAGCUGAUCGUCGAAGUGGGCGCGGGCAACGGAGACUGGAUUUUGCAGAAGGCAAGAGACUACCAAGAACUACAAAAUAAGGGAGCAACUACGUCUUCCCCUGCAAAACCCCUCCCGCAACCCACCCGGUUCAUCGCCUCUGAGCUGCGGUUUGAGCGUUGCGCGCGGAUUUGGUCGGAUGCAGUGCUGCAAAAGUUGGACAACGUGGAAGUCAUCGGCGGCGACGCGAAAGUCGCUUUGUCGAGGAACGAGAAUCAUCUAAUGUCACGAACGUGGUCAGGGACCACGAUGAACAAUGAAAGCAAAGCAGGGCAACUCGUCGCUGCUGUGAAGCCAGAUUCUGUGGACCUCUUAAUCAGCAACUUCCCCGAGCCGCCGCAGUGGAACUUCAAGAUGAGCGAAAGGGGUAGUUCAUCUUCUGUUCCUGCAGUAGAAACAAGCGCCGCGUUGUCGUCGUCGGAGGUAGAAAAGAAUAAAGCUGCCGUCGACCUACAGGAUCACGCAGCAGAAGAACAACAAGCGGAGCUGCAACAUGAAAAUCACCUGUUGACCAAAGAUUUCCUGAACAACGUCGUGCAUAAGCUGUUGAAGAAAAACCAAUGUGGUGUCUUCCUCGUGUUUUCCGACAAUCUGAAUUAUUUGCACUGGAUCGCGAAUUUUGCCUUAGACAAAAAGCUGUGGGCGGAAGCUGGGGAUAAAGAUAAAGAAACUGGGUAUAAUGGUGCGGAGGAAGGAACUGCAGAAGAUUCAUCUAGUGCGGAGGACAUCAACUCCGGCGCAGCGAAAAAAAAGAGUAUGAAGAUAAAAGUUCACGAAGGCCGCCCUUCGGAGUGUGUAACGACGAAGAAAACAUACUUUGACCGCCUCUGGGCGCAGGGGAAGAAGAACAGUCGGGGGUACGUCAGGGUCGUCGCCGUGAAGUGAUGCAAAGGAGGUUGAGAUCAUAAUUCAAAUUCUUUGACUGCAUCACAGCGGUGGGCUACUGAAUUUCACAGGGUGAAAGUCAAUGAAACUUACUUCAUCUGUGAUCGAUCGUGGAGAACGUGAAACUACCACCGCAAUUACUGAUUCCGUUCGAGGACAGGUCGACCAGCAUGAUGCGACAAAGCGAAUGAUAAGGAAGAAACAAGAAAGCAAAAACCUUUUGAAUGAGAC